AUGUUGUCUUUCCUAUUAACAUCCCUACUGGCGGUGUCCGCGCAAGCCUCUUCGGCCUGCCGAUGCUUCCCUGGCGAUGAUUGCUGGCCUUCUGACGAGGUUUGGAUUAAGUUUAACCAGUCAAUUGAUGGUCGGCUGGUAAAGACUGUCCCUCUGGGUCAGCCUUGCCAUGCGCCUAACUACGAUGCUGCUGAAUGUGCGACAUUACGCGAGGGUUGGACAGUACCCGAGGAGCACUAUAAAUCUUCCUCUUCGAUCAUGGCUCCAUUCUUCAGCAAUGGCACCUGUGAUCCUUUCCACCCUGUCUCCAAGCCCUGCACUUCGGGCAAUUAUGUUUCCUACUCAGUCAACGUCACUACUCCCGAGCACAUUUCCAAGGCCCUUAAAUUCGCGACCAAGCAGAAUAUUCGUGUUGUUGUUCGCAACACUGGCCAUGACUACAAUGGAAAGUCUACUGGUGCCGGUGCUCUCGGUAUCUGGACACACCAUAUCAAGGACAUCAAAAUCCACGACUACAAGGACCCCCACUACAAUGGAAAGGCCAUUACCAUGGGCGCUGGUGUGCAGGGCUUCGAAGCGUAUGAGGCAGCUCAAAAAGCUGGCGUUCAGGUUGUCGGAGGCGAAUGUCCUACCGUUGGUCUUGCUGGUGGUUACAGCCAGGGUGGCGGCCACUCGGCGCUCGCUUCCCGCUAUGGACUUGGUGCCGACCAGGUCCUUUCGUGGGAGGUAAUCGACGCCAAUGGAAGCUUCAUUACCGCCACUCGCGACAACAAGUUCUCUGAUCUCUACUGGGCUCUCAGCGGUGGUGGUGGUAGCACCUUCGGCAUCGUUUGGUCGAUGACUUCCAAGGCGCACCCAGGUACCCCCGUCUCGGGUCUCAACUUGACCUUUACUAGCACCAACAUCUCCCAGGACAAGUUCUACAAUGCCGUUGAGCUGUUUCACACGAGACUGCCGAAUAUCGUGGAUGCUGGUGUGAUGACCAUCUGGUUCUACACCAACACCAGCUUUGCGAUCUCGCCUAUGACCGGUCCUAACAUAACUGAAAAGAAGCUUCUCUCGCUGAUUAAGCCUUUUCUGAUGGAUCUCCAAGGGUUGGGUAUCAAGUAUACGUCGUACUCCAAGCAGUAUGAUAGCUACCUUGACGAGUUCAACGGCAUGCAACAGGAGAUUGGUGUGGGUGAGGCGCAGUAUGGCGGCUGGUUGAUUCCCCGGUCGGUGGUUGAGAAGAACAACAAGGCCCUGACCAAGGCCUACAGGGAGAUCACUGAGGACGGUGCUACCUUCAUUGGUGUUGCUUUGAACGUUUCCCAGGAGGUUGUUGGGGAUGUUCACAACUCUGUCCUGCCUGCUUGGCGUGAUACCUUGAUUGCCACAACCAUCAGUACUCCCUGGAAAUUCAAUGCCAAUAAGGCCAUGCUCGAGGAGCAGCGGAAGAUGACUGAUGUGUACAUGCCCAAAUUGAUGGCUCUGGCGCCGAACUCGGGAGCUUACAUGAACGAGGCCGACUUCCGGCAACCGGAGUGGCAAAAGUACUUCUUCGGCAAGAAUUAUCCCACCUUGCAGAAGAUCAAGGCUAAGUAUGACCCGGAGGACGUCUUCUAUGCUUUCACUGCCGUCGGCUCCGAGGCUUGGAAGCAGCACAAGGACGGUCGGCUUUGCCGUGUUGCUCACAAAGGCCCUCAGAAGCUGCACGGUUUCGGAGGAGAUCUAUAA